AUGGCUGUCGGUAAACCUACCCGAGAGGAUGUUGAGCACCAAAUCUAUGUGUGGGCGGCCAUGCGUCACUAUGUCGUUGAAACACUGCCAAUUGGCCUUCCAGCGGUGCUGCGAACCGACAUGCCCGCCGGCACCUGGGAGUACGUUGGAUUCGAGCCGACCAAGGAACAAUUCGGCGCUGCUGCCGCCCUUGCCCUACAAGAUAAGCAGAGGUUUCUUACCAUCAUUGCAGAUGACAUGGCCAAAUACCGGGAAAUGGGCACCGCGCAUGGCUUUGACAUUCUUGCCGAGGAAGCGCUCAUGACGUUGGGCCUGACGGAGCUACCUUUGCCGUCGGACAAGAAACAAUCUUUUGUCAACGAGUUGGAGACAACACAAGCGGGCAUCGCUACGCGCUGCCGGCUCAAGGUGACUGCAUCAGAGGAAGAAGGCAGCAAACCUGCUGCGGGAGGACAAGUCGGCAUUCACAAGGAGAUGGCUGUCUAUGACAGAAUCAAGACCGAGGAAGGCAUGCGACGAAGAGGUCUGGGGACGCUGGUGAUGCAAACGCUCACCGCCGAAGCAUAUGCAAAAGGCGCCAAGACAGGAUGGCUCAUAGCUUCGCCGGAUGGACAAAAACUGUACACUCAGCUAGGAUGGAAGCAAGUUUACUGGGUCCUCAUACUGGGUAACAAAGAUAUCAUCAAAAACCCAUGA